AUGCAGAUGCAGAAUCAUGCAGAUGCAGAUAGAUCGCCUGUUUUUCUUCAGUUCAUCGACUGUGUCUGGCAAAUGACAAGACAGUUUCCUACAGCAUUUGAAUUCAAUGAAUAUUUUCUCAUUACCAUUUUGGACCACCUGUAUAGCUGUUUAUUCGGAACAUUCCUUUGUAACAGUGAACAGCAGAGAGUAAAAGAGAACCUUCCUAAAAGGACAGUGUCACUGUGGUCCUACAUAAACAGCCAGCUGGAAGACUUCACUAAUCCUCUCUAUGGGAGCUACUCCAAUCACGUCCUUUAUCCAGUAGCCAGCAUGCGCCACCUAGAGCUCUGGGUGGGAUAUUACGUGAGGUGGAAUCCAUGUAUGAAACCACAG